UUUGUUUUAUUUUAUUUAACCAAAUUUUGAAACAUUCUCUAUCUCUAUCUCUCUUUUGUCUUUAUAUGACUUCUGUUUUAUUUCCCUGUUCUUUGAUCGUGUGUUUUUAAACCGUCGAUGAGUGAUCGGAGUCUGAAAAAGUCUCUCCCCGGUAAAAGCAAUCGCCAGGCGGAUGAGAAUUUGGAUCUCUUCUCAGUCAACCGUGGAACUUCUUUGGAUGUUUUGAUUAAACCAGGAAGACAUUCUUUCCAACAAGCUAAAGUUGCUAAGCAUGGACCUGAUGAUGACAAUAAUCACAAUAUACAUGCAAAUGAACCGCUUUAUACCAUUGCAGAAGUUCCAUUAGGAGAUCUUUCUAGAUUGGUUCUAGAAGCUAGAAACACAACUUCCAAGCUUCAGUCCAUAACCACUACAAGGGUUCCUUUAAGGAGCGAGAGUGAUCCAUCUUCAAGACCAACGAGAAGCGGUUCAACAAUUCGUCCCUCCAACAUUCCCACUAUCAGAUCCUCUUCGGUCCCCAAGAAGACAACAACAACACAAAUUCAAGCUUCAGCUUCGGUUUCUUCUCCAAAAAGAACUGUCUCUCGAUCUUUGACUCCCUCAUCACGCAAAACACCAUCACCAACCUCAACUCCUUCAAGAAUCAGUACAACUACUUCAACCACUCCUUCCUUCAAAACAGCUGGAGAUGCUCAAAGAUCAAGAUCGUUGACUCCAAGAGCAAAGCCUCAGAUUGCAGCAAAUGCAAGUAGUAGGACCAAUGUGCGUUCUUCGUCUGUAACAUCACGUCCUGAUAGAAGCACAACAGUUUCAGCAACACCUCGGACACCGCCAAGACUAAAAGAAACAGUCACUCUAGCGUUUGGUAGACCAGUGGGUCAUGUUAACUCGCCAAAACGAAACACCUCACCGGAUGUUACAAGAACGAGGCCUAAAGGACGCUCUGCUUCUCCUUCUCUGAUUCCGACUUUUUCAGGCACCUCACAUACAACAACAACUCCCAAGUCUAUAAAGCCAUCUGCCACUGUUGCCGAUUCAACUAGGCCAGGAAGGAAGUUGUCAAGAGCUUCUGUUCAAAUGGCUAUCAAUCACUUGGUAAUAACGUUCUCUUGUCAUUAUUUGAUUAUAGCUAAAUAUUUUUGUCAUUUAUAACGUUUAUCGUGGUCAAUAGUAUAGUAACGUUUUUUAUGAGGUUUUGCUUGACGAUAAUAGUGUCACUUCAAAUGCAGGACUUGGCACGAAAUGGUAAAGUUAGUACACAUACGUUUUCAAGCCCAAUGUUGUAUCCACACAGCAUCAGAUCUUCUUCUUCGGGUCUAAGAAAACCGUGUGGUAGUAGUGAAGGCAGCUGCAGCAGCAGCAACCAUGAAGAGGAAGAUGGAAGAAGCUUAACGAAAGAAGGGAACAACACAGAGAACAAGAACGAUAGUGCUCGUUACGACGCACUCUUGAAUGUUAAAGAUGUCAAGGAUACAAACUGGCUACUUAACAUUGAUGAUGAAUCUCCUCAAUCUCUCAUCUUCGACAAUGCUUUUGACUCUCCUCCUGAUCUAUUCUCUCCUCUCUGAGACUCUGACUCCUUUUGAGUUUUCUUUCCUGUUUGUUGUAGUUAAAAACAAGAGAGCUGCUUGGAAAAAUAAUCCUGUUUCACUCUUUUUAAAUUCUUAUGCAAUCAAGAGAAAAACAUUACACAUAGUUCUUCUACUCGUUGUUUUUUUCUUUCAAAGUGUUUGUUUGUAUUGAUCAGCAGAAAUAUACAACUUUGACC